AAAGUUAAUAAUUUGAUGUGUCACUUCUUACCCAAAACAUCAGGAACGAUGUUUUCAGGCAACCGUGCAUUUCGCUGGGGACGACCGAUGCAUCGGACCACAUUUUCCCUUGGUGAUCACACCACCACCUACUCCACCAUCCACACAGAGAGUUUCUCUGGCAGGAGUCGUGAUGGGCAGCCGCUGGUGUUUCUGCUGAGGGAUCCAAAAUAUCCGUCUCAGCAUUACUACAGUCUGGACCUCAGCAACGUCCCUAAAGGACCUUCGUACACCUUAACACACUCGAGAGAAGUCCACGAUCAUAAAGAAGUCACACCGCAUGAUGUGCUGCAGAGACUGAGAACCAGGAACUGGAUGCAUAAUUGUGAAGGCCUGGCUGUAAAAGAAGUGGCCAAUCCUCCAGAAGACACACCAUACAGGAGCUUCUAUCACUCAGAUCACUGCAUCCAAUCAGCCAGCACUCGACCUGCCAACGCUUCCGGCCAACCCACACACUGGCAUCACCAUGAUAUAAUCACAGGAGAGGAGAAAGCCCCAGCGGGUCCGGGGAAGCCAGGAAAGGUGUCUCUAGAGAAGCGGAUCUGGCCUGUUCGUCGCUGGGAAACUGACUGCACCGGCCUCCGCUUAUACUGACAAAACUUAGGGACCAGUCACCUAAUCUGACCCAUCAUACACAGCUUCAAAACACAGAAUAAAAAAACCUAAAUGUUCUAA